AUGCAUACAGAACCACCCAGCAAGCAUAUUGUCACAAUGGCAAUUCCAAUACUACCCUCAUUCUCGAAGCUGGCUUCGACUGUUGACUCUCGAGGUUGGAACUGGCACUGGUAUCACGUAGUAUACCUCUUUUUGGCAUGGCAGACAGCGCAGAUAUUGUGGAAGUUCUGGUGGAAGGCUCCGUCCAACGUCAUUAUUGCAGCAUACCCUACGCCGUUAGGAAGGUUUUUGACGGCAUUGCAUAUGGUAUUUGAUUCUGGAACGCUCCUUGAAAAAGCGUACGAAUCGGCUGGCGGAAAACCGUUUGCGAUUCCCAUGCUAGAUCGCUGGAUUAUUUUCGUUUCCAACACAGAGACCCUCAAGCAGCUCGACCGUGAACCUGAACAUGUUCUAUCACUUCAGCAAGCUCUGCAUGAGAGCGAAGUCUCUCGUGUUGUGGUUGGCGUGUUGAAGAACAAGCUCCGUUCAAAUAUUCCUUUGAUGAGUGAUACCCUUCGAGAACGAGUCAGGAAAUCAAUGGCUCUGGAGAUGUCUCCGCCAGCAAACGAGGCUUGCGAGAAGAAUGAAUGGAGACAAGUUAGGCUUAUGCCAGUACUCCUUCGCAUCUUUACCAGUGUAAAUCUCCUUCCUUUGGUUGGUGAAGAACAAGGUGUGUAUGGUAUCUCUCCAUGUCUAUUAUCAUACAGUGAAGCUGACGGAGGACAAAGCCAACCGCCCUGA